GAAGUUAACUCGAAAUCCAUUGGACAAAGACAAUGGCUCCGUCCCGGGACCGACUUUGCGUCCAACCAGACUGGUGGCUCUGGUAGUUUACCAAGUUCUGUGCCAGUGCUCAUUGUGGGCGGAGGUCCGACUGGCCUAUUGCAGGCCCUCCUUCUGUCUCGACUCGGAGUUCAAUCAUUGAUCAUCGAGCGUUAUCGCGAGCGUCUAGCUGCUCCAAAAGCCCACGCAAUCAACCCCCGCUCUUUGGAAAUCUUGCGCCAAUUUGACCUAGGCGAGAAGCAUGUUCGCCAGCUAGGCACUUCGCGAGAUGACAGCUCCUCGGUCAAUUUUCUCACCAAUCUUUGCGGGGACACGAUCGGCAAGCUUCCGUAUGAGCGUAUGGAUCCUACAGUUUUGGAUGACACGCCAGAGAUGAUCCAUAAUAUACCCCAACCAGCCCUAGAGCAAGAAUUAUCCAAUUUUAUCGCAAAAGACCCCAACGUCACCUUGAUCAAGGGGUUCAGUAUUCAUGCUGUGGAGCAGACGGAAAGUGAAGUCGCAGCCACGAUUGAGGAACGGUCAACUGGACAACUCCAUCAAACAAAGUCCCGUCACCUCAUAGCCUGUGAUGGUCGUAGAAGCAAGGUCCGCGAGUUGCUCGGUAUUGAGUCUGAGAGUGAAGACUCAGACCAGACAAUGAUGACCAUUCAUUUCAAUGCCAAUCUGCGACCCGUCGUUGGUGACCGUGUCGGUAUGCUGUACUGGAUAAUGGACCCUAUAGCUGCGGGUUUUAUCAUCGCCUAUGAUCUCGAUGGGAACCAGGUGCACAUCAGCCAGGUAGACGUUGAACAGCACCCAGUUGAGUCUUGGACAGAAGAUAUGUGCAAGGCCAAGAUCCGCAGUGCUAUCGGUAAAGAUGAUGUUCCGUUCGAUAUCCUGAGCUAUCGCCCUUGGGUCUUCCGUCGGCAGGUUGCUUUCACAUUCCAGGAGGGGAAUAUCUUCCUGGCUGGAGAUGCUGCUCACUCAUUUCCCCCAACUGGUGGACUAGGCUUGAAUUGUGGUCUUGCAGAUGUUCACAACUUGGCUUAUAAGAUUGCCUUGGUUCACCGGGGGGUGGCGACACCAUCUAUACUUUCGACAUACACUGCAGAACGACGUGGCGUUGCGGAUUCCUAUUCCAAGCAGAGCGUUAAGAACGGCAAGGAGAUAUUUGCACUGUUGCGGAGUCUCAAGACGGUUGGUGUCGAAGAUGUUGUUCAAGCGCGAAAUAAUAUGAUGGCAGCAUUGGCGGAACCGGCCCAACGCACACAGGUUGAGGCAGGUAUUGAAGGACAGAGGGAGCAUUUCGAUAAUCUGGAGCUUCAUAUCGGAUAUGUGUAUGGGACAACCAGGCCACCUGGUCAUGCUUCCCAUUAUUCUCCGAAAUUUGUGCCCGGGGCGCGCUUGCCUCAUGCUUGGAUCAGCUUCCCGGAUCAGCUCUCCCCAGAGACAGAGGCAGCCAAACUUUCCUCACUACCCAAGGAGCCAGUCAAUUUAUCUUACAUCAAGGAGCUUGACGCAGACCAGGUUCGGGCUUGUCAGUGGAGUACCCUUGAUCUCUGUGGGCCUGAUUCUUGGACCUUGAUUUUGGGGCAGAAGCAGCCCACUCCUCAUAUUAUACUUUUGCAGAAGCACUGUAAUGUGAUUGGUGUACCUCUUAAUGUCUGGCGUCUCGAAGUUGACUUUAAAAUCGGCACGCAAAGCUGGUUUGCUUAUGAAUUGGCCAAUGGUGGAGGGGUUCUGAUUCGCCCUGAUCAGCACAUCCUAGCAAGGGUCUCUGUCAACUCAAGUGGAGAAGACGUGAUUGCGGAGAUGAACAAACAUCUUGGAAUUUAA